AGCAGUGGAUGGAUUAUGGGGUCGUCCCCACGCCGUGAGAGUGGCCACGAGCUGCUGCUGGCUGCUCCGCCGGGUAUUUUUAGAGCAACAGAAGCCCCUUUGUGCUGCGUGCAGACAGGAAAGAGCCGGCCCUGGCGGGGAGGAGGCAGCGGGGUGGUUGGCGGCCGGGUGCCAGCUGUGUGCUCCCCGUGCUGUGCCAGCUGUCCCGUGCUGCCUGGCAGGGAGGUGACAGCCGUGUCCCCCCCCCUCCUCCCCUCGCAGACAUCACAGGGAGUGCAGGUGAGGCGCUUCAAGACGCUGAGCGAGCUGAUCUCGCUGUACCUGCAGCCCAACCAAGGGCUGGUGUGCACCCUGCUCUUCCCAGUCGAGAGGGAGAAGGAGAAGGAGAGCGCAGAGGACAGGGAUUACUCGGAUGGUGAGGAUGAGAAGCCUCCUCUCCCCCCACGCUCCAGCACCAGCAGCUUCUCAGGGUCUUCCGUGGGGCUCAGCCCCAGCAGCCCGGGACCGGCGGCAUCCGAUGGGGCAGCGGAGAGCACCAACGGCCUGGCCAGCAUCUCCCACGAGUACCUGAAGGGCAGCUAUGCACUGGAUCUGGAGGCUGUGAAAGCGGGGGCCAGCAGCCUGCCCCACCUCCACAGGACCCUCGUCACCUCCUGCAAGCGGCUGCACGGUGAGGUGGACAAGGUGCUGGCAGGGCUGGAGAUCCUCUCCAAGGUGUUCGACCAGCAGAGUUCCCCCACGGUGUCCAAAAUCCUCCAACAGACGGCGCCGCAGAGCGGGGAGCAGGAACUGGAGAGCCUGGUGCUGAAACUGUCUGUGCUGAAGGAUUUCCUCUCCAGCAUCGAGAAGAAGGCGCUGAAAGCACUACAGGAGAUGAGCUCAGCCAGCCCGGCUGUGCCGGCACAGCCCGUAUCCCGCAAAGCCAAAAGCAUCCCUGUUCAGACCUUCGAGGUGAAGCUGGACGUCACCCUGGGGGACCUGACCAAGAUCGGCAAGUCGCAGAAGUACACGCUGAGCGUGGAUGUGGAGGGCGGCAAGCUGGUGGUGCUGAAGAAGCAAAGGGACGCCCAGGAGGACUGGAAUACCUUCACCUAUGAUAAAAGUGAGCUUGGGAGGAGGAGGAGGA